AUGCCUUCUCCAUACUGGUUCGAGGACGGCGACAUAGUUCUCGCCGUCGAGGCGCAUACUUGCAAGAUUCACAGAGCGAAACUGACCUGCUCGCUCAUCUUCUCUGAUAUGCUCGACCUGCCGCAGCCUGUAGAGACGGACAGCGUGGACGGCUGUCCGUCCGUCACUCUGUACGACUCGUGGAAAGACUGGCUGGUGGUAUUGGAGUGGCUGUAUGCUCACGACGCGUUUCGGAACAAACCCAUCGUCUUCGAUGCCUUGGUUGGGGCCCUACGGAUAUCUACCAAGUACGAAAUCUCUGAGCUGAGAGAUUGGGCUGUGGCCGAAUUAUGCGCCCGGUGGCCGCGCGAGCUCGAACUGCUAUCAACGCAGAGCCUGCCACACGCUGCAGGUAAGUCAGCCCGCCAAGCCUUACACGCACGUCCUGACGGAUACCGUUCAGAGGCGAUAAACCUGGCAAGAGAGUGCGACGUCCCGGAAAUCCUGCCCGGUGCGUUCUAUGCUCUCGCCGUCCAGAAAUGGCACUGCAGCGCCGAGGGCGGACGUUCGCACGUUGUCCUCUCCUCCGCAGACCUGCGGCGCAUCAUCGCCGGCAGGGAGCGCCUCCAGGACUAUCUCGUCCAGAUUGUCAUCGACCCGCUAGGCCGGAGCGACGAGCCCCCGCCGCCCUUCUGCGCGGGCUGUGUACCGCCUCUGGAGCGCUACUGGCGGGAGAAACUGGCGCCCGACCCGACAUCUCCCUAUGGCUCCUGGCUCCUCCGCGACUUGCUCGCGAUGGCCAAGGAGGACGGGCCGAUACCGAUGCUGCAGACUGUCUGUGCGAAUUGCAGUUUCUUGCAUUAUUCGCUGCUUUAUGAUCGGAUGCGGACUCUGAAGCAGAGUAUACCGAGGCUGUUCCAGCUUUGA